AUGACCGACGCCGACAUCCCAGCCGGUCUUAAGAUAUAUAUCAUCACGCUCUGCGAGAUCUGUACUGAGCUUAGCGUUGCUUUUGUUAAGACUUCUACUGGAUAUGGGUUUGUCAAGCAGGCUGACGGGUCUUAUAACUACCUCGGGGCAACUGUGUUGGAUCUGAAGCUGAUGAGGAAGCACUCUGGACCUAAGGUGCAGAUUAAGGCGACGGGUAGUGUUUGCACUCUUGAUGACUUGCUUUAUGUUAUGAGUCUUGGAGUUACUCGGAUUGGAGCCACGGCCACAGUAGCUGUUUUGGACAAGGCAAAGAAGAGGGGAACUGGCAGUGAGCCAGGGGAGGUGCGCUUUGUAACUAUGAAGGAGAAGGUAUGGUGCUAUUGA